UUCAUCAUCUUCUUUUACCCUUCUUUCCAUCUACCCAACCCCGCAGACCCAUCCCGAUUCUCUUCCCCAUCGUCCAUACAUCCACGGCCUAGAUCAUCUCCCACGGUAGAGAUCUCUCAAACGCUUCUUCCCCUGAUUAUGAUUCUAAUUCCUCCAAUAAUGGCGGCGGGGAGCGGGGCUCGUCUCUGCUGCUGAAACCCUACAGUAGGUACGAUGCGCAAUUGCUUGCUAUGCAGAGCAACUUGAAUGCCUACGAGAUUGCGGAGCUCCGUUGUGGAGGAGAAAAGGGACGAAAUUGAGAAACUGUUGACUGAGAAUGAAGAGCCGUGGGGGUGGUGGUUUGGAGCUGAAGAAGGUCGUCGAUCCGUGGACGUCGACCAUCCAGAUCUCGCCGCCGAGGAAGUUUUCCUUGGAGCUAGGAGGAGGCCAAGGAGUCACCAGCAGCCAAGGAGUCAAGGUCGCCAACUCCAACAAUCUCCUCCGACGCUGCCACUGUCGCGAAACUCCGCGAUUUAUUCAGUUCCUUCUGACUUCACCAUUGGAUCGAUUUAUCCCGUCGCGAAAGUCGUUGUGGACUUUGCGAGAAUUACAAAGCGGUGACGGUGACCAACAGGACUGACGGCCGUUCCUCCUCUUCUCUUCUCUCCUCGUCUUGUUCGAUCUGGCCUCCCCUUUCCUCUCACAUCUUGUCGGCGACAAUUCCAUAUCGAAAAAUUGAAGAACCCUAAUCGCCAUUGAACUUACUCCUUGAAAAAUUUCAGAUCCAGAAACUGAAAAACCCUAAUUGGGGCACCUGCCACCAUUUUCACCAUCAAAUCCUCAUUGAAAAUCUUUUAUUUUGGUUUUUGGUAAAAAUUAAUUAUUUCAUGUUAAAAAUUACUUUUAGUAUGACGUGGCAUAAAGAUGUCCAAUUGGCGACGAUGUGUCGUUCAGGUGGCAUCCACCUCAGCGACACGUAGAUGUUAUUGACGGUGUUAGUGACGAUGUUAAAGUUUGUAACAGAAAUGGCUAAAAUUGUUAAGCAAGUUUGAAAAAAUGGCUAUAUCUGUGUAUUUUUUAAAAAGUGGCUAUAUUUGUCACGACGCGAAUAGUUAUGGCUAUGAAAGUGUAUUUUGCCUAUUAUUAAGAAAAAUAAUGAAAUGUUAUAACUAAAUAAUUAUCUAUUGUGUUAUGGAAAUCAUGAAUGGGUACGAGAAGUUUACCUACAACCAUAAGCUUGGCCUCUUAGGGGAUGAUUGAUUGGCCAAUCCUUGUCGGGACGUUGGACCGGUGCAAUCCAUGGCAGAUGCUCUCAAGCCCAAAAUUGGAUGAUGAACAUCGCCCCACCAACCUCCUUCACAGCUUUGAGAGAUGCAUUACACAAAUCAUGGUAGAUAUCAGCUAGGCAAGCGGUUGGCCAGCUCAAAUUCCCCAUCUCAUCCCAAUCACCAAGGAGGAUCCUCAGUCACCCACAACUAAUUAAAUUGUUGGAUUACUUGGGGAAGAACACUCCUCCGAUCAUGCCUAUGAGAUAGAAACGAGCAUAUCUUUCCUUCACCGCCUUUGGACUUUCCUUAGUUAGAGGGCUCCCACCUUUUGCAGGGUCGUGCAAGUCCUUGACAUGCUUUGUCAACCAAGUAAUUGAUACUUGGUUCUUCCUCAAUGGUGGCAAGCAAUCCUCCGUAUCAACGCUUCCCUUGACUGGCACUCGGAACCCCAACACGCUGUGGAUAAAAUGCUCCCAACCAGUCAUCCCGCCAACAUCCGGUUGUGAAAGAUCGCUAGCACACACCACAUUGUCGUCGAUGGGCAGAUGGGUUAGGACGACGAUGUCCUUUAGUGUGAUGGUGCACUCUCCUUCUCGAUAGUUGAAGCAAUGUGUCUCCUUUCGCCAUCUCUCCACCAAUGCGAUGAUGAGUUGAAGGUCGAUCUUUAUCCCUAAAAAGUGCCUAAUCAACUCCAACCUCGCCCUUUUAAGAAAGGACAAGAUGACGUCGUUCCAUGGGAGCACAUUGGUCGUACCCCUACAACGGAUUAUGUGGUAUGCAUCCUAGCGAAAAAUUUAACUUUCACCAUAAAUUUAUGAUAUAAUAAAUAAUUAUAAUCUAUUAUAACAAACAAUUUAAAGCAAGAAAAUCAAGGUUUUUUCCAAUAUAUAUAUAUAUAUAUAAAUAUUUGAAAUUAAUAACUUAAUUUUGUACACACAUAAAUCAAUGUAAAUAUUUUGUAAACCGUAUUGGUUGUUUUCAAUAAUUUAAUCCAAUACAAUGCAACUCUUGUUAGACUCUUAGAAGAGGUAUACAUCUCCUUAGAAACACAACAUUUUUGACAGAAAAAUGGACGAGGAUCGCUUAAAACCCGACUUUCCCAGGAAAUGGGGGAUCAUGAUAAUCUCUUAAGCCUCAUUUCCUUAGGCAUGCAUCUCUUUAUAAAGAGUCUAAGUAAAU